AUGUCGUUGCCACUUGCGCACCCUGUAACUUUUCUGCCACCUGGCUAUUCUGUAGAGCUAACUGAUGUUCCUUUAAUCCUUUCCCCCCAAAAAGCAGCAUUCAGCUGUACUGCUGUAGAGGGAUGGAUAUCCUUUAUCAAUGGGACAAGGGCUGGGAUCUCAAGGGCCGACCAGUACUAUGCCUCGUACCCUACUGGUACUGAGUUACUAACUGACACUGCAAAGCUUUACAAGGCUGCAUUAGGCAAUUGUUUCGAAAUAGACGACUGGGGGCCAAUAGAGUUCUCCAUCAUGGCGAAGCAUUUUGACCGGCAAGGGAAACCACCGUAUGCCUACCAUGCUCAAUAUCUGGCACACCUCCUCUCCCAUGGGCAGCUCGACGGAAGCGGGUAG